GUUUCGGGAGUGCACUAUUCUGAUUGGCUAUCAAAAACAACUGUUAAACCUUUUAACCAAUCACAAAAUUUCUUUAAAUCACAUAUAUUUCUCAACGGAAAUUAAACCAUCGCCUGCGUCCAUGUUUUUUUAACGCCAAAAGAGAAAAAAAACCUGUGUUUAUUUAUAAACUUUAUAAAUUUGUUAUAAAUCCCCGUUUUUCGCGUGUGAAAAAUUAAAUUAACAUCUUUUGGAUUAUUUGAUAAUUUAUAUUUUUUUCGUAGAGAAUAUUUAAUAACGUUACAAAUGAAAUACUAAUAAAUACACAACAAAUAAUUAUAAUGUUUACUUGACAGAGAGUGAAAUUUUGUUUUUAUUUCGCAAAAUAAAUCUAAUUUAAAAAUCAUUUUUCCUUUACGAUCGAAUACAUAAAGUAAAGGAGAAAAAUGAUGCCAACAAUGCCACCAGAUACUCAUAAAAUUUCACUAAAAGUUAUUGAAGCAGUUAAACAACAUCCAGUACUUUAUAUUUCUGAGGUUAAGAGCAGUGUUAUUAAACUUCAAGAAUUUCGGCAAAAAGUUUGGAAAAGAAUAUCGGACGAAUUGGGUCUUGAUCCCAGUUGGGUGAAAUUAAGAUGGAAAAAUCUUCGUGAUACUUACUGUCGAAUUUUAAAAUAUAAAAAUAAAACGGAGAAAGGAAUUCGUCGAAAAAAAUGGAUUUUCGAGGAUCAUUUAAAUUUUCUGAAAUUUCCCUAUGAAGUGGAUUAUGAGCCGCAAUGCGUUAUUCUCUCCGAGGAAUAUGUAAAGGAAAUAAACGACGGUGAUUUAAGUUCAGACGAUCUUCUCCAACAGCUCGAGGAUCGAAACGACGAGGAUUACAGUGAAUAUUUAGAAUUAGAAGAAACAACGUCCGAUCCAAUAUUAUCAAAAAAGAAACUUGGAAGGCGGAAAAAAAGUCCCUCAUUCACCGAAUCUGAUGAACCAGUAGAGAAAAAAUUAAACCUCAAUUCAUCAGCGCAGGAAAUUGAAGCAAAAUAUCGAAAAAUUCGACCAAAAAAUACGGAAAAUGAUGAAUUUACACGUAAAAAUUCACAACUAAAUAAUGACCAAACAUUAAAUGUUCCUAGUCAAAAUUGUUUACAAACACAAAAUUUAAAUAAGAAAAAAACAAUUUUUCCAGGACAGGAGAAAUUAUUGCAAAUUAAUUCCAAAACAGUGGAAAGUAAUAAUAAUAAUAAUAAUAACAACAAUAAUAAUAAUUCAAAAUUCAGUGAGGAAACUAAUGUUAAUGCGGAGAAAUUAAUGAAAAGUAGUUUGGAAUUAUUUUUCGACAGUAUGGCGCAAACGGUGAAAAAAUUACCAUCACAAGCGCAGUUGGACAUUAAAAAGGACAUUUCACGAAUAGUGACGAGCGCAGAAUCGAGAUUAAAAAGCAAAAAAAAUCCCCCCAAGAAGGAGGAAGUUACAAAGACGAAAAUUUUUCCAAAAUUGGUACUCAUACCUUGUAGCAUGAUUGAUAAAUACAAGAAAUAAUUCUCUUUUUCUCUAUUUCUCUGAGUAAAUUUUCUUUUUUCUCUUUGUGAAUAAUAAUUUUUUUUAGUCCAUUUUUUUCAUUGUUUUUUUUCUCCUGUGAAUAAAUAAAUUUUUUUUUA